AUGCUCGACGAACACGCACAGCUGAACCUGCGAAAGGAGCGUCAGUUGUGUGAGCUACUAGCCUCGCCUAUGCCCCAGUUAGCGAAAGCAGACGAAGUGGCACACUUCCUGCUCAAUGGCGUCUAUGCGCAGAAUCUGGCUCUGCAGCCAAGAACGUGUGAGUCGGUGAUGCUGCUCUACUCGCACGCAAGCUUUCUCCGUCGACUGGCUGGGCCAACAAAACAGCAGCCUAGUCGCACACACGACAUAGCUCAGCUGGCGUCUCGGUCAAGCGGGGCGGACACCGCCGCGGUGCCACUAACCCCGCAGGAUGUCCCAUUCUUAGAUGACAUGCGACGCUUGUACACUCACCAAAAGCGUUGCUUUAUCAGCCCAACCCCCCUUUCACUGGAGCAUCUCAUGAUGGCUCUCAGCAUCGUUACAGCACCGAGCACAACGGCCUUCCAUUUCGCUAACCGACUUCUCCUUGAUGCGGACAAGUUCGUUCUGCUGCCGACGCGAACGACGUACACGGCGUACUUCACUGUGUGCCACGUGAACAACGCGAUGCAGUUUGCCAUGGCGCGUUACACUGACGCCGUGCACGCGCUGCAGCUUCCCGUCGACGCGCCAAUGCUAACAGCGCUGCUCAAGGGCUUGAACGAGAGCGGCUACGUGGAGGAGGCGGUGGCGCUUCUGUCGCGAGUUCAGCACGUAGCGGUGUCCACACCGCUCCUGAACGCGUCACUGGAGACGCUGCUGCUCUCGGAGCAGCCGCUCUCGUGUUUCUCCCUCUACGACGCCAUGCAGGGGUCCUCCGUGAAGUCAAGCGCAGAGACGUACACACUGCUGCUUCUCGCGUGUGAGAAGUCGCAGCAGUGGAGCCGCGUGACGGCGAUCCUCGCUGAGAUGCAGCGCCGCCGUGUGCGCGGCAAUGAACAGACGCUAAACCUGCUGCUCAAGGGCCUGCUGCAGGAACGACUGCACAGCUUUGCGGCCCAACUGUACCACACGAUGCUGCGAAAGAAGGUGCCCUUGUGGCCCGCACUGGAGUCUGGUGUGCGGCCGCUGCUGCGGUGA